AUGACGAAGCUUGAAGACAACAUCGAUUGCAUCCCAGACUUUGAUGGCAGUAUUCAUUUUGAGUCGUCAAGUACGCACUCACUCAGCAGCUGCCUAAAGAAGCAAGAUACCAUUUGCGAGGAUUCGUUACAGUCUCCAGACCAUCAUGUUUCGUUCGAUAUGAUUGAAAUACUGGAAUUUCCUCUCGAAAUUGGAGAUAACCCAUCCGUUUUCGAUGGCCCACCAGUCCAAAUUGGAUGGACCCCAGAAAACAGCAAGGUCCUUCGACUUGAUAUAUAUGAGGUCUUCCGUCCAAAGCGAAGAAAUCGAUUUGAGAUGUUUAUGACAACAGAUGAGCGUACUGAAUCAUUGCUUCAUCGAGGAUAUACCGACGACGAAAUCCGCCAGGCGGCGUCGGAAAGUGCAAGGAUUCAAGAACAACGAUUCCAGAGUGCAAGGAAAAGAGGCCGAUAG